AGGAACAUGUCUUUCACUACUUUCAGUGGCUUACUUUCAAGAAGGUACAACAACACGAGCAUGGUUGAUGAUAAUUGUUGGGAAACUUGUAUACCUAGAACUGGUGAUGAUAAUCACGGUGAAUUUUUUUCAUCAAUAAUUUACCCUUCUUACUCUGAUUUCCCACCUGGUUUCAAUCCCAAUGAGUUCUUGGAUGCAUUUCUUUCUGAAUCAAAUAGUUUAAACUGGAGAAACAGUUCAAGUGAGAAUCAACAAAGUAAGGAAGUGGAAGAAAAGUACUACUCUGACCCCUCUAUUGAUGUGUCUCUCUUACAAUCCUCCUCAAACAUUUUUGAAGAGGGAGACCCACAAAGAAAGCAGGACACAUUUACAAUCCUUGAAUCUGGCAUGCUUGUUGAUUUUUCAUCGCCAAUGACGAAUACAACAAAUUUUCAAGAUCCAUAUCUCCGCAACUUCUCUGAAAUGGCCUUAGCCGUUCCCGAAAUACAUAGCACUUUAGCUCCUCAACUAAAUUGUCAUAAAUCUAUUAAUGAAGAUGAGGACGGAGAUCUAAACGAUGGAUACAAUUGGAGGAAAUAUGGAGAGAAACGGACGAAAGGAGGCGAAAAUCCCCGAAGUUAUUACAGGUGCGGAGAACCAAAUUGCACGAUGAAGAAGAAAGUUGGGAGAAACUUGGAUGGAAAAAUCAUUGCCAUUAUGUACAAGGGAAAUCACAACCAUCCCAAGCCUUCUAAACCUGUUGGAAGUGCAAAUCUUCCAUUAGUUAAUGAACUUUAUGCAUCAUCAUACACCGACUCGGGGAAUUUGAAUCAACAAUCUGUUGGAGGAGGUGUUGAAAAUCAACUUGGAGCACACACCAAAAGAUUGAAAGGAGGGAAUGGAAUCUAUAGCUAUUUGUUUAAUCCGAGUGGGGGCAGAGCUAUAAAGGAACCCAGAGUUGUAGUUCAAACUACAACUGAAAUUGACAUUCUUGACGAUGGCUAUAGGUGGAGGAAAUAUGGCCAGAAAGUUGUUAAGGGAAACCCAAACCCAAGGAACUACUAUAAGUGUGUGAGUCCAGGUUGUAACGUGAAGAAACAUGUGGAGAGAGCUGCAGAUGACAUAAAGUCUGUUAUGACAACCUAUGAAGGCAAACACAACCAUGAUGUUCCUCAAGAAAGAUCAUCCUUUGCAUCUCGCAUAGCAUCACUCACCAACAACUUUGCAACCCCAUCAUCAUCAUCAUCACUUCCUCUUCAUGACACAAGCCUAUCACUAUCUUCACCAAGGGCCAACAAUGAAAAUCAAGCAAGUCAAGAACUUACUACUCUUCCCUUCAUUGUUGGAAUUCCAAAUUUUGGUAGGUCACUGAUUGGUACUUCAUAUGCCAAUGAGGGACCAAGCUCAAACAAUGAAGAGAACAAGGAUUAGUGACUCAAUUCAGGACUCGGAGGGGAGGGAAAAGGAUGCUGAAGGGACUGGGAGUGACCGUCAUCAUCGGGAGGAAGAGUGAGAAAGAAGGCAAAAAUAGAGAGAGAAAACGACAAAAUGUGGGGAGAGGAAAGAAAGGAUGUAUUGUUACCGCCGAAGCUUCCUUCAAAGUUGUGGUUGUCAGAGCUACCACUGGAGGAGGACUUUGUCGUUGUCGUCAUAGUUGGAGGCGCAUAAAAUGAAAAAAGGAGAGCACGGGUUAGUUAGAGAAAAAAGAGGAGGGAUGCAAUGGAGGAGGAAUGGUUCUGCCACCGCUGUGUCUGUUGUCAUCGUUGACGAAGCUCGCCGCUAAAGGCAAUGUAAAAAAAUAGUGAAUAUGGUGGUGGUGGAUUUUGCCGCGGUGAUGGCUAUUGUGAAGGUGGAUACAACAGAAAUGGUGGCGAUGGAGAUGGUAGUUAUGGCAAUGGCAAAGAUUGUGGUUUUUGGGAUGGUAACAAUGACUGGUAUUUGGUUAUGGUUUUAUAGUGUUCAUAUAAUUCUAUUCAACUUUUGACCUCUUAAUCUAGUUAUUUGUUAGGAGAAUAGUGGUUGUAAGGAGAAAGAGACGACGAGGGUUCUGGUUGGGGUGACGGUAGUACUGGCGGUUGUAAUAGAUGUGGAUGAGAGUUGGAGAGAAUGAAUUUAGUGGUGGUAAAGGCAUAAAAGGGGUUAAGGAUUAGGUUAGACCGUGAAGGUUGUGGCUUUUGGAUAGUUUUUAGAGUUUGGAUAGUUUUAUUGUACUGAACUCGUCUUUUAUGGAUAUAAUUUCAAUUUCUUCAUUUCGUGAAUAAAUUUGUCA